AGUUCACAUAAUAACAAUCACCACAGAGAGAGAGAGGGGGAAAAGAAAACUCUUUUGCUUGCAUUGCAUUGCACUGCAGCACCUUGUGUUACCUCCCAACCCACCCCUCAUGCCUUGUCGCCGAACCGGCCCGACCCGUUGAGCUCGCCGGAAACUUUGGCCAAAAGGGUCGCCGAAUUCGCCUAUGGCUCUCAAUUUCGAACUUUAGAGAGUCUUCAAGCUUUCACCUUUUCUCUUUCCCAUUUCGGGUGCUGUAUUUCUGAGGGUAUUUGAACUGAGAACGAUUGUGAAAACUUGUGCCUCUACGAUAUGUACGUGGUGCCUCCGCCCCAGCGCUCCGAUCCGGGUUCAGGAUCCGGUGAUUUGCGGGUUUACCAAGCCUGGAAGGGCAGUAAUAAAUUUUUCCUUCAGGGCAGGUUUAUAUUUGGACCAGAUGUGAGAUCACUGGCACUGACAAUUUUCCUUAUUGUUGCUCCUGUUGCAUUUUUCUGUGUCUUUGUUGCCAGAAAACUGAUGGAUGCUUUUUCUGACCACUGGGGGAUAACCAUAAUGGCUGUUGCUGUUGUCUCCACAGUUUACGUCUUGGUUCUUCUUGUGUUAAUAUCUGGCCGAGAUCCUGGCAUAAUUCCACGCAAUGCACAUCCUCCAGAGCUAGAAUGUUUUGAUAAUAGUGUAGGUGCUGGUCAGACUCCUCAAUUACGGUUGCCUCGCAUUAAGGAGGUUGAAGUCAAUGGUAUCACUGUUAAGGUCAAGUAUUGUGAUACUUGCAUGCUCUACAGGCCUCCCCGAUGCUCGCACUGCUCGAUCUGUAAUAACUGUGUAGAACGGUUUGAUCAUCACUGCCCUUGGGUAGGGCAGUGUAUUGGGCCGCGUAAUUAUCGGUUCUUCUUCAUGUUUGUCUUCUCAACUACGCUGCUUUGUAUAUAUGUUUUUGCAUUUUGCUGGGUCUACGUUAGAAGAAUUAUGGAUUCAGAGGAGACUACAAUUUGGAAGGCAUUGAUCAAAACUCCGGCCUCCAUAGUGUUAAUAAUUUAUACCUUCAUAUCAAUGUGGUUUGUAGGAGGCCUCACUUCCUUCCAUUUAUAUCUGAUAAGUACAAAUCAGACUACGUAUGAGAACUUCAGGUACCGAUAUGAUCGGCGAGACAACCCAUAUAACAAAGGAGUGCUGAAUAAUUUCAAAGAGAUAUUCUGCACCAGCAUUCCCCCAUCAAAGAACAAUUUCAGGGCAAUGGUGCCAAAUGAACCAGCAUUACCUGCUCGAUCAGUGGGUGGAGGCUUUAUGAAUCGUAGGAUGGGAAAAACUGGGGAGGACAUAGAGAUGGGGAGGAAAACAGUGUGGGACAUGGGGGCUGGAAUUGAUGAUUCUGAAGUUCAGUUAAACAAUGACCGCGUGAGUAUAAAGGAUGGUGAAUUGUCUCCUGAAAUUAGGACAACAGUUGAUGACACAGGUGACCGUGGUGGAAUGCGGAGGUCUAGCUGGGGAAGAAAAAGUGGAAACUGGGAAAUGUCCCCUGAAGUUCUUGCUAUGGCUGCCAGGGUGGGGGAACCAAAUCGUGUGGGUGGAGCGAGCAGUAAUAUGACACAUGAGAACCAUCAUACAUAGCUAUUGUGCAGAAAAUAGCUUGGUCAAAGAGACUUGGAGAUUUGAUUUUAUGGUUAUGAUAGAAGAUUACAUUUCUUGUGUGGAAACUCUACAGCAAAAUUAUUUUAUGUGCAAUAUGAGGGAUUGUAAGCAUUUGCAGGGUGUUUGUAAGUGUUGUUUUAGCCAUUGUGCUUCUAAGAAGGAAUUAUUUGGUGUUGUGGGAGUGAGCUUUGCUAUGCUUUGCUUUGUUUGACGUUGUAUUAUGCUUACCAAUUAAUUAGCCUUUGCAUCUGUGGAAGUUGCUGCAGUUCUCUCUCUCUGGCUGAAUGCCAGUGGCUUGGAGUAUUGGGGACAUCAAGCUGUAUUGUCCUUGCUAACUUACCUUUGAUGCUUGAAUUGAAUGUAGUUGGUAAGUUUGGAUGAUAAACUUAUUCAGAAAGAGUGCCAAAUCUGAAUCUCGUGACAUAAAUCUUUACUAUCUUCUUUAACACGUUAGUAUUGUGGGCAUUCUACUUUUAUGUGGAAAUAUUUUGUAACAUUUAUAGUCACUUAAAGCAAUACAGUUUUCUGGUUUCUUAAUUGUGUAAUGAUAAUGUUUGUGUUACAA